UGCUGGUGCGGCUGUAGACAGAGCGACUGGAAAUGAACAGUUAGCUGAAAUACCUGCCGUUCAUAAACAAUGGCCAGCCCGCCUUUACACACAGCUGGAUGAAUCCCCGCGGUGUGUUGGAGUUGCUAUGAAGGCGGGGGCCUCGUCCAUGUGGGCAUCAUGCUGUGGUCUGCUGAAUGAGGUGAUGGGUACCGGGGCCGUGAGGGGGCAGCAGCCAGGUUUCGGAGCUGGUGCGGGGCCUUUUCGUUUUGCUCCCACUGCAGGGUACUCCACAUAUCCCCCCAACAACUCAACCAGCACUAGCCUGGUUUGUCAUGCCUGUGGACAAGCCUUUUCUGUCUUUAGGAGGAGGCACAUCUGUUGUGACUGUAAGAAGAGUUUCUGUUCGCUUUGUUCGGUACUUCAGGAAAACAUGCGCAGGUGCACAACUUGUCACCUGCUGAAGGGCACUGCAUUCCAGCGCCCUCAACUCAUGCGUCUGCGUGUUAAAGAUUUGCGGCAAUACCUUAUUUUACGCAACAUUAACACUGACACCUGCAGGGAGAAGGAGGACCUUGUGGACUUGGUGCUCUGCCAUCAAGGUGCAGAGAGUGAGGACGAACCAGACACACCUUCUCUGCAGUCACGCCACCUUUAUAGCCCGCCCCCUUCAAAUGAAGAACCCAGUUAUCCUAUCUCAAUACUCUCCCCAUCUCAAAGAGAACCAAUCAGUAGGAGCAACAGCUCGGAGUCCACCAAUCAGGAUAUUGGAGACUCCUCUUCUGUCUCACUCCUUAACCUUGACCAGACCGAGCACACGCCAGAGGUGAGUCCUCAGACGCGGCGACGGGCACGAGCUUCUCUGUCAGACCUGUCUAGCCUAGAUGAUGUUGAGCAGCUGACUGUACGGCAGCUGAAGGAGAUCCUGGCAAGGAACUUUGUGAGCUUUUCAGGCUGCUGUGAGAAGUGGGAACUGGUGGAGCGUGUCAGGAGGCUUUACCGGGAGAGCGAGGAGAAUCGCAAAUCUAUGGAGAAUGUGAGCAAACCAAUCGCUGCAGUGGUAGCUUAUCCCCCUCCAAUCUGCAAAGAUGGAAUCAAAGAUGCUUGCCGUACCCAGUUAUCAAUAGAUGACAACCUGUGUCGCAUCUGUAUGGAUGCGGUCAUUGACUGUGUGCUGCUGGAGUGUGGUCACAUGGUCACCUGCACUAAAUGUGGGAAGCGCAUGAGUGAAUGUCCUAUAUGCAGACAAUAUGUCAUCAGGGCCAUUCAUGUUUUCAAAUCCUAGACCUGCUGGGAGAACCAUCUUUAGCCUGAUAAAAAUGCUUCAGCAAUGUGCUCCACCUGCAGACUGCCUUGUAUUAGGGACUUGGUGCGGAAGCAUCCAGCAAGUGCCCGUGUCCUUACAUUUGAUCAAUGAAAGAAGAUAAAGUUCUCUUCUUAAUUUUUCAUGAGGUCAAGAAGCCUCAAGAAACAGACUUCAGACAAUGGUCCGCAGUGGCUUUGUCAAUGCAACAAUGCUUCAAUAAAAACAGUCCACAAGCUCUUCAGAGGCUCUGUAAUAAUAUGCAAUUGUUCAGCAACAACACCUCACAGCCUUGACUUGAUGUCCUACAGCUUUGUAGACUUCAGCUUUCUUUUUACCUGUCACAUGCAGACUCGCAUAAGAGUGAAAAACUACUCCAGUGUGUUUGUUUGUCGCACACAUUGACAAUACACCAUAACUCAGGAUGGAAGGAUCUGAAUGUUCCUUUUGCUCUUCUUUUGUCACAGCAUCUGUAAAUGUGCUUUUAUUUCUUUUUGGAUUAUGUAGCUAAUUUCAUUCCACCUGGAUUUUUGAGUUGCUAUGAGUUAUAUUGUGAUUCCUGAUAACUGGACACUGGUGCCAUUCAGCAAAACAAAAGUGGCAUAAUGUUCACUUAAAUGCAUUCUUUGUACACCACAGGUCAUUCUACAUUCUUUUCAGCAAUCCUCUUCAUUUUGUCAUGUGACGUCCCUUGCUUUGUCAAAAGUCUGAACUGACACUGGCUGGUUUCUCAGUCCUUGCUACUCUGAGGGUCCUUUGUGCCAGUGACAACAGUUGGUCAGGCGACUUUGAGUGCUUGUACGACUUGAAAAGCAGCCUAUAAAUCUGUUGCUAAGUCAGUUGUGUAUGUGGGGAGAUAAAAAUGAUGACAGAACUUUUUAACUUCAGGCCCAAAACCAGCCCCCACGCAAGACCCCUGCAAAAUGUAUUAAUGUGUGACACCAAUCCCUCAUUUGUGACAUCACUGUCAAUGAUGGAAAUAUGUCACAUUCCUUAAGACUUUCACAACCCCCUUGUUCUUGAGACAAACACUUUUGGGUGCACAAUAAUUUGGUCUGGUGUUUAUUCAUUUUGUGCUCAUGGCUAUGUGGGGUAACCCAUUAAGGAGUGACUGAAUUUUCGGUAAACAUUCUGAAAUGUAGGAAAUAAAAUACAAGUUAAGCUUAUUCAACAGCAUUUUGGCAUAAUGUUGAGUAUUACAAAAAAUAUUUUAACUGGUCUCCUUUUCUUUAAAUAAAGCAAAAAUCAAGGUUAAAUUGAAGCACUUACAAUAGAUGUGAAUGGGGCCAAGCCAAGGAAGAAAAUAAUUAUAAAAAUAUGAAUAACUACCAACAUAAAAUAGGUAUCGUUUUAAAGUUUAGAAGAUGUGCUUUACAAUGCAUGUAUUGGAAUUAUGACCAAAACUGAACAAGCGCUUUGAAAUUUGCUGACGAUACAGAAGUGUUCUGUUUUUAUAAUUUAUUCAUAAUUUUCACGUUAUGCAUCAACAUGUGUUCUUUAUCUUUACAGUGUUUUCGCUUAUAAUCAAUAAUUUAUAACGAGCCCACACAUGACGUAAUUUGAUCCUUUGAUAAUCCACAUGAAGCACAAUAUGUACACUGCACAUAAUGUGCUACAUAAACGUGUUGUCCAGCAUCAAAGAACGAUAAACCAAUCAUAUUACGAUGCCGAUCGCUACAACCAAAGGUGGAAGUCAUACAAAUAUGAGGAGAGGAUCUUUGACUCGAUGAUGGCUCAAAUGACACAGAAUGGAACUGAAUGAGAUCACGCUACUCAUGCCUGCAUGAUUUAGAAUGAAAUCAAACCUUUAGUCAUUGUUGCAUGUGCAUGUGUAAUUUGUUCUUAUGUACAAUUAUUACGUUUUAUUUGUUUGGAGAGGCAUUUGGACACUAGAAUAAAUCAUUUUUGUAAUGCUAUAACUUUUGAUUGCUCAACACAAAAUUUGACUCCGUUACAGUUGACAUGAUUGGGAACAAAACAAAAGUUCCCAGUUCCUCAAAGCUAUCUUAUUUACACCCUGAGAUAUAAUGUCAAAACAUAAAAAAGUACUUUUAUUUUUUUUGGUGUGUGUGUGUGUGAUUUUCAGCAGUUUUUUAGGCUGAGAGUAUAGGAAUAAUCUAUAUUAUAAAAAAAAUGUAAAGUUUUAUUUUAAAUGUUAUUUUGUCGAGUUUUGGGUAUGCCACUGAAACAGGAUAUCUUUACGAACACCCUCAGAGCUUAAACGGUUAAGGGCAGAACUGUGAAACCGAUUCAUUUAUAAAAGCACUUAUAUUAAUUGUUUUGUUAACUUGUGAAUUAUUUAAUUGUUUAGUUGUUUAAAUCAUCUUUUUACGGUAGUUGUUGGGUUUUAGUGUUUAUGGCAGUACUGUACAUCGUUAUGACAACAAAUUCUAAAAUUGGAUAUAACUUUACACAGAAAAGGUUAGUAAGGGAUUUUUAUCACACUUAAAUCAUGAUAACACGUAUAUUGAGUAUUUUAAUGUUUCCAGAUUUGCCUCAUUCACUUCCAUUGUAAGUGCCUUUAAUGUAACAUAGAUGUUUUAUUUAAUUUUUUUAAAGAGGUUAAAAAUUCCUUUCUGUUGUAAUCAGUUUAAUGCCACAAAUGCUGUCGAUUGAGCUUAACUUGUAUUGAACCCGGAAUAUUCCUUUAAGUAGGAUCUUGGACAGGCAGAAUUAAACUGUAACCCUCUAGAGUCUAAAUAUCAUUGGUAACAUUUUACAAUAAAGUAGCACAUUUAUUAAUAUAAUUUAGAUACACCUAAUGACAAUCCAUGGAAAACUAUAGCCUAAUGAAAAUGAUAGACUUUGUAAGAGAAGAGGGAUGAGUUAGGUGCCAAAUAAGGUGCAUUUAUGUGUCUCCAGUCAAUUUUCUCCCAAUGGUGAUAGUGUUUGAAUGAGUAUGUAUCGAUUUGGAUUACCUGUCUUAGUACUUGUUCAUUGAACUUGAGGAAAGAAACAAAUUUAAGUAAUUUCAUUUGCGAGUGAUGCCCCAUACAAAUGGCCCACCUAUCUUUUCAAAUAAACCUGUACGUUGAUAACUUCAUAACAUCAGUUCAAGCAUCUAGCUGAAGUGUCAUGGCAUAUCGCUUUCAAAAAUGCUUUUUCUCUCAGACACCAUAACAAUUUUUUGUGCUGCAUUCCUACUAAAGAGUAAAAGGGAUAAGAUUUAUAUAUAACAUUUUGGUGUAUGUUACAUUCUUGUUUAACCUUUUAUUGUCUGAUUUUUCAUUCAUUCCUGUAAUGCCUGUUAAGUACAUUUUUCUUAACCAAAAAAUUCAAGUUUCUUUUGGUUACACAUUUUUAGUUGCUUGAUAUACAGUAGAAUUAACAAAUAAAAUAAAGCAUUAUGUUGUUACCCUUGUGGUACUUAAAUAAAUGUGCUAAGAACACGCUGUAUUGCACUGCAUUAUGAUGAUUCUGAAAUAUUGAUGUGUUGUACCAUUUUGUUAUUUCCUUAAAUAUGAGCU